CAAUGGAGAUGACAAUACUGAUAUGAGAUAACUGAAGACUGAAACGUUACUUUCCUGAAUUUCGCCUAUUUGAAGGUCUUUGAUCCGGAUAAGGAGUAAUAUAUCCAGACUGCCAACCUCUUCCUGGUUGUCUUGUCUUAGUAAAGUAUUUUAUUAACACUCAGUGUCCCUCUGUGAGGCGAGAAAGCGACGAGAGCCAGUGGAAGAAGCAUUGCUUUUAGCCAGUCAUUGCCAUGGCCUCCGAAAGCGGCGAUAGCAACAUGGACAGAGAAAUGAUUCUUGCCGACUUUCAGGCUUGCACUGGAAUCGACAACAUUGCAGAAGCAAUCACUCUGUUAGAGCUUAAUAACUGGGAUUUAGUGGCAGCCAUCAAUGGAGUUAUACCACAAGAGAAUGGAAUUAUACAAAGUAACUUUUCCAAUGAGGCAAACCAGGCCAGCAUGUAUGGACCCCAUAGCCAAUCAGAAGCAGCUGAUGCAGCAGCAGGAGGCACCAUCCCUCCUCCCUCUUCAUCGUCUUCAUCCUCCUCUCCUCCGUCGUCCUCCGCUUUUUGUCCCAGCAACUCUUCCUCCCGACACAUUGUAGAGCGUCAACCCCGGAUGCUCAACUUCAGGGUGGAGUACCGACAGCGCACUGUAGAGCUGGUACUGGAAGAAGGCAGCACAGUUGGAGAAAUCAAACAAAUCCUGGAAACAGAGCUGGGGGUUCCAGUGUCCAAAAUGCAGCUGAAAGGAUGGAAGAGUGGAGAUGUAUCUGAUAGUACCGUGCUGAGAAGUUUACACUUGCCCAAGAACAACAGCCUCUAUGUCCUGACCCCAGAAAUUGCUGCUACUGCUAGCACCAGCAAAAACAGUGCUCUCCAGGAGUCAUUAAACCAGAACUUCCUGCUGGUCAUCAGCCACCGCGAGGCCCAGAGGGACUACAGUCUCAACUUCCCCGGCUCCAGAACCAUACAGGAGGUAAAGAGGAACAUUUCAGACUUGACCAAUAUCCCAGUCCGGCAUCAACAGUGGGAGGGAUGGCCCGCAUCAGCAUCUGAUGACUCUAUGACACUAGCAGUGUCUGGAAUCAGCUAUCCUUGCCAUCACCUCAGUGUUUGUCGAAGAUCUUCACCAGCCAACUCCCAGGAGCCCACAGAAGAGUGUGCAGAUGUCCAUAUGGUCAGUGACAGUGAAGGCGAUGAUUUUGAAGAUGCGUCAGAGUUUGGCGUGGAUGAUUCAGAGAUGUUUGGAAUGGGCUCCUCUACCUGUCGGAAAUCACCAAUGAUGCCAGAUAACAGCGAGAACGAAGCUGAUGCCUUACUGCACUUUACUGCCGAAUUUUCUUCAAGGUAUGGAGAGGCUCAUCCAAUGUUCUUCAUUGGGUCUUUGGAGGCAGCGUCGCAAGAAGCCUUCUAUGGCAAAGCCAGAGAUAGAAAGCUGCUGGCCAUCUACCUCCACAAUGAUGACAGUGUCCUCAGCAAUGUCUUCUGCUCUCAAAUGAUGUGUGCUGACUCCAUUGUCUCCUACCUGAGCCAGAACUUCAUUACGUGGGCCUGGGAUGUCACUAAAGAAGCUAACAAAGCCAGACUACUCACCAUGUGUACAAGGCACUUUGGCAGUGUGGUGACGCAGACUAUACGGACAUACAAAACAGAUCAGUUCCCUCUUCUCCUUAUAGUCAUGGGAAAACGCACAUCCAAUGAAGUUCUAAAUGUUAUUCAAGGCAAUACAACAGUGGACGAGCUGAUGAUGAGAUUAAUGGGUGCAAUGGAAAUCUUCACAGCACAACAACAAGAGGACAUUAAAGAUGAGGACGAGCGAGAGGCAAGAGAGACAGUGAAAAGAGAACAGGACGAGGCCUACCGUCUGUCUUUAGAAGCUGACCGUAAAAAGAGAGAAGCCCAGGAGAGAGAGGAGGCCGAGCAGGUUCGCCUGGAACAAAUGAGAAAGGAGCAGGAGGAGGAGAAGGAGGCAAUCCGCUUGUCAUUGGAGCAGGCCCUACCGCCGGAGCCAGACGAGGAUUCAGGCGAGCAGAUCAGCAAACUGCGAGUCCGCACACCAAGUGGCGAGUUUCUGGAAAGGCGUUUCCUGGGCAGCUGUAAGCUCCAGGUCCUCUUUGACUUUGUGGCCUCUAAGGGAUAUCCAUUUGAAGAGUUCAAGCUCCUUACCACCUUCCCUCGUAGAAAUAUCACCCAGCUGGACCCGGGGUCAACUCUGCUGGAGGCCAAGUUGUUCCCACAGGAGACACUCUUCCUGGAGGCUAAAGAGUAGGAAGUGGCCUUGUGACAGGCGAGAGGUCCGACUGACAGACUGACAGAUGAACUGGCUGGACACACACUCGUCACCGAGCAUAGGCCUCACCAGUCUGGGCCUGCAGUGCACACACGCCACACAUACACACAGCAACACACCAGACCAUCCUCUCAGACAAACAUUAACACACUGGCAUGCACAUCCAGUGACACACAAGUGCAAGUAAGCUUCUCUGCCCUCAGCCUGGUCGUGGCACUUGAACGCCCCCGUGUACACGUGUUGCACAGAGGAGCAAAGACAGUAUCACAAGCACACAGCCAAACAUUCACCUCCCCUAAAACCCGCCUGUCUUUCUCUCUUUCUCCUCUGACACAACUUCACGUACACAGCUUCUGUGUCACGGUUUUCUCUCACAAACACUCAACAGAACCAUGACAGCACUGAGAGACUGAAUCGACAAAUCUUUGUCACAGGAAAAAAAGGACUUGCUCCCCUCGUUUCCAUAAUCAAAACACUGAGGCUGCUUUUUUAGAACAUGGUUUUUGUGUUUGACAUCCCAGGAAAAAAAAGUUAAAAAGUGAAAUAAAAAUAAAAUAAACAGCAAGAGGAGAAGUCACCCAGCAGAUGUCUGGGCUGUCUCAUCUCCACCUGUAUUUACCCAUUUAACCUUUCCCAACCUCUUUUUUCCUUCCCCUCUUCCCCCUUCUCCCCCCGCUCCCCUCUGUCCGCUGUCUGCCGCGGGGACGAGUCGUGACGGGACACCUGCGGCGUCUGAAGUGCCCUCUCAGCCUCCCCCUGGUUUUAACACCCACUGCUCUACACACCAACGGAUUGCUCAGUUUUCAGUUCUUUUUUUCUUUUUUUUCCCUCUUGAUCCUUUUUAAGUUUGAUGCUGUAUUAGUUUUAGUUUGAUAUACAUUAUAUAAAAUAUAUGAAUAUGAACAUCA